CCCUGCGACCGCGACCAAAUAUUCUACUCACUCUCAAACAUAUUUUUACAACUAUAAGAAAAAGAGCUUCUGACCAACACCGCCACCACCGACGGAGAAGAGAAGCCGGCCACGGAAUCUCGUCGCCGCCGCCGCCGCGAGCUCCGCCCUCUACCAUCGCGCGGGGGGCGGCUAUCGUCGAGCCAUCGAGGUGGCUUCGUCUCCUCUCCCGGAAUUUGAAGGCUACAAAACCCCGCGCUUAAUUUGAUCUCCUCCAUCUUCUUCCCUGGCGGCGGCGGCGGUUUCCCGGCGCAGAAGGCGGCAGCAGCAAGGACAGGGGACAGUGACUAAUUAUUGGACCUAGCUACUUAAAUCAUGGACCUCCUGCAGCUCUUCAUCACAGCAUGUGUGCCAGUACUGAACAUGCUCUUGGUUACUGGUGUUGGAUCAUUCCUGGCAACUGAUUUUGCGGGCUUACUGAACAAAGAAGCAAGAAAGUAUCUAAACAAUAUAGUAUUCUAUGUAUUUAGUCCAUCUCUUGUUGCAACCUAUUUAGCACAAACAAUCACAUUGGAAAGCUUGGCUAAACUGUGGUUCAUGCCUGUGAAUAUUCUUCUUGCUUGCACCUUUGGGUUAAUCUUUGGAUGGAUCGUGAUACAUGUCACCAGAGCUCCGGCUAGGCUAAGAGGCCUCAUUUUGGGUUGUUGUUCUGCUGGCAACUGGGGCAAUAUUUUUCUCAUCAUCAUCCCAGCUCUUUGCAAAGAGAAAGGAAGCCCAUUUGGAGCACCUGAUGUUUGUCACACUUAUGGAUUAGCGUAUUCUUCACUCUCAAUGGCUCUUGGUGCUGUCGUUCUGUGGACGGUGGCGUAUAACAUUAUGCGUGCCACUUCAAAAGUGACUGAAGGUAAUGGUCAAGCAAAUCAUACAAACGUCUCCAUUUCAGGAAGCGGUACCGGAACAGCGUCAGAAGAGAAUUUCUCAAUCUUGAACGAUAACACGAAUCAAUGCACGCUCCCUUUGAUAUCCAAUUCAAGUGUACCCUCAACCAAAACUAAGGUCGCAAUGUCUGAGAGAGCAAAAGGAUUUGUAUCGAUGUUUGGAGCAAUUGACUUCAAGAAGAUCUUUGCUCCUUCAACCAUUGCUGUGAUUGUUGGGUUCAUAAUUGGAGGAACGCCUCUAAUUAGAAACGCGGUGAUCGGAGACAACGCCCCUCUUCGUGUCAUUCAAGAAUCGUCUGAUUUAAUAGGUGGAGGAGCAAUUCCUUCUGUCACACUGAUAAUGGGAGGGAACCUCCUGAAUGGGAUACGAGGAGGAGCUGGCGUCCAGCCUUCAGUUAUUGUGGCCGUAAUCGUCGUCAGAUACAUCCUUCUCCCUUCGGUCGGCACCGUGCUCGUCAAAUCAGCAGUUCGCCUGGGCCUCAUCCACCCUGACCCACUCUACCAGUUCAUCCUCCUGCUGCAGUACGCCGUCCCACCUGCGAUGAACAUUGGUUGCCAGCUGAACCGAUGUGUUAAUUCGUCGUGUCGUGUUCAUGGCUCUUUGUCAGGGACGAUCACGCAGCUGUUCGGCGUCGGGGAGAGCGAGUGCUCCGUCAUCUUCGUGUGGGCGUACGCCCUCGCGUCCGUCGCGGUGACAGUCUGGUCGGCGCUCUUCAUGUGGGCGCUGUCGCCGCCGGCGGCGUAAGUACUAAGCCGCGAGCUACACGGCGGCGUACCUGCAGACGAGGAUUCAGGGGGGUUCAGAGACGGCCCCGCCGUGUCCGGCGAUCGAUCGCUGGAGCAGCUGGGCCGCGCGCAGCCCGGGAAACGUUGAUCCGAGGGGAAGUCCACUUUAUGUCCCUCGACUAUCGAUCAAGUUUCAAUCGCACCCCUUAUGUGAGGAAUCAGGCCUAGAAUAGAUAGGGCUCGAGCCCUAGGCCUAGGAUCCAAACUCCAUAUAAAUUCCAUGCAAAUUUUAGAAAAGAUGUAUAUUUAUAAAAAGUUAAAGACAAUAUAAAAGAUUUGAACUCUGGGCGUGGAUCGUGGCUGGUUCCGCCCCGUACCGCCA